AUGGAGUCGGCGAAGGCAACAGCAUCAAACAUUGCAGCGUCGGCGAAGUCCGGUAUGGACAAGACGAAAGCCACAGUCCAAGAGAAGGUGGAGAAGAUGACUGUCCAUACCCCAGUGGAGAAGGACAUGGCUACUCAGCGUAAGCAAGAGAAGAUAGAGCAGGCCGAGUUGAACAAACAGGUGGUGUUUCAGCAUAACGCGGCGGCGAAGCAACAGUCCACUACCACUACCACCACCGGUCAAACCACAACAGUCCCAUUGCACAAACAUGGCAUGACCGGACAUCCACAUGGACGGGUGGACGAAGCUGCGGUUGGGUCUCACCAGAUUGGAACCACCACCACUAACAUGGCUCCUAAUGACCCUCGCCUGGGCGGUGACCAUACUCAGACUGGCUAUGGCACCGGGACUGGCACCACCAACAUGGUUCGUAAUGACCCUCGCCUGGGCGGUGGCCACACUCAGACCGGCAAUGGCACUGGGACCGGUACCGGCACCACCAACAUGGCUCCCAAUGACCUUCGCCUGGGCGGUGGUCAUACUCAGACCGACUAUGGCACCGGGACCGGGACUGGGACUGGCGAUGGUUACAGUUGA